CUCCCUGGAGUCCGCGCGGACGCGGCUUCCUUACCUCAUUUGUCCUCGCCCCUCCCCGUUCCUCUACGCGUUUCGGUUCCUGGUUGGUGCUUCCUGGUCGCGGCCGCGGCAGUGAGUAUCAUUAAGGCAACUGACUUUCCAUAAUGUUUGGUGGCUAUGAGACUAUAGAAGCAUUCGAAGAUGAUCUUUAUCGUGAUGAUUCAUCUAGUGAACUGAGUGUUGAUAGUGAGGUGGAAUUUCAGCUCUACAGCCAAGUCCAUUAUGCCCAGAAUAUACAUAAUGCCAACAAGGAGGAAGGGUAUGAGGAAAAGAACUGUGAGAAUUCGGAAAUAGUGAGUAGUCAACCAAAUCAGAAGAACUUAAUCGUCCUUUCAGAUAGUGAGGUCAUCCAGCUAUCUGAUACAUCAGAGGUCAUCACAUUAUCUGAUGAAGAUAGUAUUUAUAGAUGUAAAAGAAAAAAUAUUGAAGUCCAAUCGGAAGAAAAGACCCAGAGCCCUGCUACUUCUCAUUCUAAUAAAGUAGCUCAGAAAUGCAAGAGGAAUAAUGAGAAGCCUGAACCUGAAGAGAGGCCAGGUGUGAUCCGAGAGGUCAUGAUCAUAGAGGUCAGUUCAAAUGAGGAGGAAGAAAGUACCACUUCAGAGAACGAAAAUGUGGAAAGCUGGAUGCUCCUGGGAUCUGAAGAAGAUGGUAAAGACAGUGACAUCCUUCUCAACUUGGUGGGAUGUGAGAACACUGGUGCUGAAGGAGAAGAUGAUGUAAAUUGGUUCAUCAGUGACAAGGACAUCGAGGCCAAGAUAGAUAAUAACAGAUCUUCUGGAAGGUGGAACAACCGAUACUAUUCAGUCAACAAAAAUGUCACCUGUAGAAAUUGUGAUAAACGUGGCCAUUUGUCAAAAAACUGCCCCUUACCACAAAAAGUCCGGGCCUGCUGCCUCUGCUCGGAGAGAGGACAUCUCCAGUAUGGCUGUCCAGCCCGUUACUGCUUAGACUGCUCUUUGCCCAUGUCUUCCAACCACAGAUGUUUUGAAAGAUUUUCCUGGAGAAAACGAUGUGACCGAUGUGAUAUGAUAGGCCACCAUGCUGACGCUUGCCCAGAAAUCUGGAGGCAGUAUCACCUAACGACCAAACCUGGACCACCAAAAAAGCCAAAGACCCCCUCUGGACAAUCAGCGUUAGUGUAUUGCUACAACUGUGCACAGAAAGGCCAUUUUGGACAUGAAUGUACAGAGAGACGAAUGUUUAACCAGACAUUUCCAACAUCUCCAUUCAUAUAUUGCUAUGAUGGCAAAUAUGACAUCCAGCAAAGGGAUCGGAGAAUAAAGCGAAAAGUCAAAGAUCUCAAGAAAAAUGGAGAUUUUCCAAGGCAGUUCAAAAGACCAUAUGUAGAAGAGACAGAUAAGAGGCGCCACCACGAUAUGAGAAAAAGCCAUUCCCCAAGCAAACACAGGAGGUGGCCUCGAGAAAAUAAAGAAACACAGAAAGAAAAGACCAGGAGUAGAGAAGGCAAGACGCACAGGAGGGGUCACCAGCCUCGGGGUGACGAUGAAGACUUCCCCAGGGGCUCAAAACCCAACUCCUCUGGCUUUGUUAACAACCAGAAGCCUUCUAAGUCCCUCCACCGUGCAUCCCAUUACCACAGGCUGAGAGAAGAGCGGCUUCUCAGGGAGAGCAAGCGGAGCAAGCCGAAGAAAAGGAAGAGUGCAGAGGACGGCAGCCAUGAUGACUUGUUUCUUAUUAAGCAAAAGAAGAAGAAGCCUAAGCGGAGUGCUCUCUGACCUGGUCUCCGCGCUUCAGUGUCCUGGAAGUGCUUAAGUACCUGUUAGAUGAGACGCUGGGGACUGAAUGCUGAGUUCCGGCCAUGCCUGGAGUUGCUGUACAGAGACCACAAAGAGUCCAGGUCUGUGGCCACAGGCUGUUCUUAGGUAGGAAGGCAAACUUGAGGUAGAAAAUUGUCUUUUCAAAUGCUUUGGAAAAAGUACAAGCUCAUCAGAUGAAUUUAUCUCCAAUGUUUGAGGACUUAAAAGCUCAUUGGAAGAAAGUUUAUUAUUAAGAAAAGUCACCACUUUUUUAGCAUUCUUUUUUUUUUUU